AUGCAGUCCGUCCUGCUCCUUCUGGCGGUAGCUGCCAGCGCACAAGCUUUCGGCCUGAGACACAGAGCUGAUGGUGGCGCUAUCAGCGCCUCCCAAGCGGAGGCAUCAUCAACAGGCGUGGGUGCUGGACUGCUGGGCCUUGGACUCGGUGCUUCCACAAGCCACGCCUCGGCAGAAUCCGUUGGAGUGGGCCGAAGCAGCGAUGGCAUCAGUAGCUCCGAAGCACGAUCAUCAUCUGCAGGAGUCGGUGCUGGUCUCCUGGGUCUCAAUAUUGGUGGUUCUCUGAGCCAUUCCUCGUCUAAAGCCACUGGAAUGGGGAGAAGUGACAGUGGUCUCAGUGCAUCCAAAUCAGGAGCAUCAUCCGUAGGACUGAACGUUGGUAUAGGCGGCAUAGGAGUGAACCUCAAUAUUGGUACAACCAGAGGAAAGUCAUCAGCUGGUGCAGUUGGUGUGGGAAGGAGUGAGGGUGGAUUAAGCGCCUCUGAAUCUAAGGCAUCAUCAGUAGGUGUGGGAGCUGGACUGCUCGGUCUUGGCAUCGGUGGUUCUCUAAGCCACACAUCAUCUAAGGCUGUUGGAGUUGGUAGGAGUGACACAGGCUUCACUGGCUCAAGUGCAGAGGCAUCAUCUACAGGAAUGGGUGUUGGACUUCUUGGUGCAGGACUGACUGGUUCCCAGAGUCAGGCCUCAGCAAGAUCUGUUGGAGUAGGCCGUGGUGAUGGUGGGUUUAGUGCUUCUAAUGCAGAGUCUUCAUCAGUAGGACUGGGAGCUGGACUUCUGGGCUUAGGCGUUGGUGGUUCCACGAGCCACUCCUCAUCACAAGCUCUCGGAGUGGGUAGAGGUGACGGCAGCUUCAGUGGCUCAAGUGCAGAGGCAUCAUCUACAGGAUUUGGCGCUGGUCUCCUUGGAGGUGGACUGGCUGGUUCCCAGAGUCAAGCUUCAGCAGGAUCUGUUGGUGUAGGCCGCGGUGAUGGUGGGUUUAGUGCUUCUAAUGCAGAGUCUUCAUCAGUAGGACUGGGAGCUGGACUUCUGGGCUUAGGCGUUGGUGGUUCCACAAGCCACUCCUCAUCACAAGCUCUCGGAGUGGGUAGAGGUGACGGCAGCUUCAGUGGCUCAAGUGCAGAGGCAUCAUCUACAGGAUUUGGAGCUGGUCUCCUUGGAGGUGGACUGGCUGGUUCCCAGAGUCAAGCUUCAGCAGGAUCUGUUGGUGUAGGCCGCAGUGAUGGUGGGUUUAGUGCUUCUAGUGCAGAGUCUUCAUCAGUAGGACUGGGAGCAGGACUUCUGGGCUUAGGCGUUGGUGGUUCCACAAGCCACUCCUCAUCACAAGCUCUCGGAGUGGGUAGAGGUGACGGCAGCUUCAGUGGCUCAAGUGCAGAGGCAUCAUCUACAGGAUUUGGCGCUGGUCUCCUUGGAGGUGGACUGGCUGGUUCCCAGAGUCAAGCUUCAGCAGGAUCUGUUGGUGUAGGCCGCGGUGAUGGUGGGUUUAGUGCUUCUAAUGCAGAGUCUUCAUCAGUAGGACUGGGAGCAGGACUUCUGGGCUUAGGCGUUGGUGGUUCCACAAGCCACUCCUCAUCACAAGCUCUCGGAGUGGGUAGAGGUGACGGCAGCUUCAGUGGCUCAAGUGCAGAGGCAUCAUCUACAGGAUUUGGCGCUGGUCUCCUUGGAGGUGGACUGGCUGGUUCCCAGAGUCAAGCUUCAGCAGGAUCUGUUGGUGUAGGCCGCGGUGAUGGUGGGUUUAGUGCUUCUAAUGCAGAGUCUUCAUCAGUAGGACUGGGAGCAGGACUUCUGGGCUUAGGCGUUGGUGGUUCCACAAGCCACUCCUCAUCACAAGCUCUCGGAGUGGGUAGAGGUGACGGCAGCUUCAGUGGCUCAAGUGCAGAGGCAUCAUCUACAGGAUUUGGCGCUGGUCUCCUUGGAGGUGGACUGGCUGGUUCCCAGAGUCAAGCUUCAGCAGGAUCUGUUGGUGUAGGCCGCGGUGAUGGUGGGUUUAGUGCUUCUAAUGCAGAGUCUUCAUCAGUAGGACUGGGAGCAGGACUUCUGGGCUUAGGCGUUGGUGGUUCCACAAGCCACUCCUCAUCACAAGCUCUCGGAGUGGGUAGAGGUGACGGCAGCUUCAGUGGCUCAAGUGCAGAGGCAUCAUCUACAGGAUUUGGCGCUGGUCUCCUUGGAGGUGGACUGGCUGGUUCCCAGAGUCAAGCUUCAGCAGGAUCUGUUGGUGUAGGCCGUGGUGAUGGUGGGUUUAGUGCUUCUAAUGCAGAGUCUUCAUCAGUAGGACUGGGAGCAGGACUUCUGGGCUUAGGCGUUGGUGGUUCCACAAGCCACUCCUCAUCACAAGCUCUCGGAGUGGGUAGAGGUGACGGCAGCUUCAGUGGCUCAAGUGCAGAGGCAUCAUCUACAGGAUUUGGCGCUGGUCUCCUUGGAGGUGGACUGGCUGGUUCCCAGAGUCAAGCUUCAGCAGGAUCUGUUGGUGUAGGCCGCGGUGAUGGUGGGUUUAGUGCUUCUAAUGCAGAGUCUUCAUCAGUAGGACUGGGAGCAGGACUUCUGGGCUUAGGCGUUGGUGGUUCCACAAGCCACUCCUCAUCACAAGCUCUCGGAGUGGGUAGAGGUGACGGCAGCUUCAGUGGCUCAAGUGCAGAGGCAUCAUCUACAGGAUUUGGCGCUGGUCUCCUUGGAGGUGGACUGGCUGGUUCCCAGAGUCAAGCUUCAGCAGGAUCUGUUGGUGUAGGCCGUGGUGAUGGUGGGUUUAGUGCUUCUAAUGCAGAGUCUUCAUCAGUAGGACUGGGCGCUGGACUUCUGGGCUUAGGCGUUGGUGGUUCCACAAGCCACUCCUCAUCACAAGCUCUCGGAGUGGGUAGAGGUGACGGCAGCUUCAGUGGCUCAAGUGCAGAGGCAUCAUCUGCAGGAAUUGGCGCUGGUCUUCUUGGAGGUGGACUGGCUGGCUCCCAGAGUCAAGCUUCAGCAGGAUCUGUUGGUGUAGGCCGUGGUGGUAGUGGGUUUAGCUCAUCUAAUGCAGAGUCUUCAUCAUUAGGACUGGGCGCCGGUCUUCUUGGUUUAGGCCUCGGUGUCUCAAAAAGCAGCUCCUCUUCACAGGCUGUUGGAGUGGGUGGAGACGGAGGCAGCUUAAGUGGUACCACAGCAGCAGCAAAAUCAUCAGGAUUUGGAGGUUUUGGUGGUUCUGAGAGCCAAGCUUCAGCAGGGUCUGUGGGAGUUGGCGGAGGUGGUAGUGGAUUCAGCACCUCUGAAGCGCAGUCUUCGUCAGUUGGUCUGGGUGCCGGGUUAGGUGGCCUUGGGCUGGGGCUUGGACUCUCUACAAGCCGUUCUUCAGCAGGAGCUGUGGGAACAAGUGGUGGUGGCACUGCACUAAGCUCCGCCCAGUCUAAAUCGUCAUCGGUGGGACUAGGUGGCGGCCUCCUUGGUCUUGGCGUUGGUGCUUCUCUCUCAUCGUCACAAGCUGCUGCUUCAGGUGGGAGCUACGGUGGAGUGAGUGCAUCUAAUGCAGGAGCUUCGUCGGUUGGAUUAGGUACUGGACUGCUUGGAAUACUCUGA